AUGAAUCUCAUCUUCGACUUCGACGGCACCAUCACCAUCAAAGACACAAUCUUCCAACUCGCCCAGGCCGCAAUCGACUUCAAGCGCAGCACCAACCAGCAAGACCUCCAACCCGCCUGGGACGCCAUCGUCAAGGCCUACGGCGACGACCACAAAUCCUUUGCCAGCAGCUACACGCCCCCCGAGAGCGAGCGCCUCCAGCCGCAGCAAGAGCUCGUCUACCUGUCCAGCCUCAAGGACACCGAGAAUGCGUCGCUCGACAGGGUCGACCAGUCGGGCCUCUUCUCCGGCCUGACCGCGCAGCACCUGUUCCAGAUGGGCAGGGACCAGGUUUCCAGCGGCGCCGUCGCCAUCAGGGAGGGCUUCGUCGAGGUGGUGGAGCUGGCGCGGCAAAGGGGCUGGCACGUCGGCGUGCUCUCGGUGAACUGGUCCAGGGCCUUUAUCGAGGGCGUGCUCCAUCCGGUUGACGUUCGCGUCAUCACCAACCAGAUAGCCGCAGACGGCACAAUCCAAGGCCCCGAUGGAUUCAACCGCGGCGUCAGGCUGACUACGGCCCGCGACAAGGCCACUUCUCUGAGCCAGCUCAUCGCCGAGGCAGAGCACUCGUCCAGUCCAACCGUCUACUUUGGCGAUUCAACCACAGACAUGGAGUGCCUCCUGGCUCACUACGGCAUCGUCAUAUCCGCGGAUGCCAAGUCAUCGCUCAUGCAAACGCUUGAUCGUGUCGGUGUCCGCGUCCCACACGUCGACAGCCGUCCGCAGGAUGGGAACAUCGUUUGGGCACGGGAUUUUCGAGAAAUUCUGCAAAACCAAACGCUGGAGCGCAUCUCAACGGGCCAAUGAGUUUAGUAUCGGUCUUCAAUCUCACUGACUUUAUACGACAAGAUACAGUAUCAUGUAUGUCUACACUUUCACGCUGUCUGGAUGUCAAGGCAAGGCUUGGGGUCGGCGACCCCUCCGUGUGUGAAGUGCCAGCAGCUAUACCAAGAUGAAGGUUUCCCACUACAGGUUACACUCGAAAUAUGUCCCGGAAAUCCUAGCCGCGUGUUAUACUCGACCGUAAAUUCACUCGGA